AUGAACGGUGACAGUUACUCUUCCCGGGACGGGCGUCGGGGAGGACGAGAUUAUCCCCCCAGAGGUGACAGAGAUGAUCGUCGAGACAGACACCGAGGAGACCGGGACCGCAGGCGUUCUCGCUCGCCAGACCACCGAAGCCAUCGACGAGGUGAGGGUGAUGCCGAUGCCUACUCUUCCAGCCGAAACCACCGUGACCGUGAGCGCGAGGACAGAUACUCGGGCCGCGAGAGACGGGGUGGCGACCGCGAAUGGGACCGCGACCGAGGAUCUUCCCGUCGAGAUGCUAGGCGCGACGACGACGAACGACCGAGUAGGCGAGAGCGAGAACCGUAUGAUGAUCGCCGUCGUGGAGGAGGCAGGGAGCGACGUGAAGACCGAUUCCCCGCGCCCCAGGAACGUCGAAGCGCAAGCCCACCGCCAAAGAAGCGAGAGCCAACUCCCGACCUGACAAACAUCGUGUCUGUCCUCGAGCGCCAGCGUCGCCUGACACAGUGGGAUAUUAAGCCCCCAGGCUACGACAAUGUUACGGCCGAACAGGCUAAGCUUUCGGGCAUGUUCCCUCUUCCUGGCGCUCCUCGACAGCAACCUAUGGACCCCAGCAAGCUCCAAGCUUUCAUGAACCAGCCUGGGGGACAGGUCACAAGUGCUGGCCUCAAGGCGAGCAACUCUCGCCAGUCAAAGCGACUUUUGGUUUCCAGGAUCCCUCCUGGUACAAGCGAGGACACGCUCAUCGCAUUCUUCAACCUGCAACUUAACGGACUGAACGUCAUCGACACCACAGAUCCCUGCGUUUUGUGUCAAUUCUCCAACGACCGGUCAUUUGCCGUUAUCGAGUUCAAGGACGCCCCAGAGACCACCGUUGCCCUGGCGCUGGACGGUAUUUCCAUGGAGGCCAACGAUGCUUCAAACGGCGCGGAUGGAGGACAUCGUGGUCUUGAGAUUCGCCGACCUCGCGACUACGUGGUGCCCGCAGUGACCGAGGACGUUGCUUACGACCCCGAGGUCGUCUCCAACGUCGUUCCGGAUACCGUCAACAAACUCAGCAUUACCAACAUCCCACCUUUUCUAACAGAGGAGCAAAUCAUCGAACUGCUUGCAAGCUUCGGCAAGCCUAAGGCCUUUGUCCUGGUUAAGGACAGAGGAACGGAAGAGUCUAGAGGUAUUGCUUUUGCAGAGUACCAAGACCCUGCUGUUUCCAACCCCACCGCUCUUGACACCCUCAAUGGCAUGGAUAUUGGAGGUAAGCAGAUCAAGGUCAGCAAGGCCAGCAUCGGUCCCACACAGGUUGCCAACUUCGAUGUUGGUAUUACUGCUAUCAGUGGUCUGGCUUCUCAGACUGCCAAUGAGGUUGAAAGCAGCCGUGUGCUUCAACUUCUUAACAUGGUCACUGCCGAGGAGCUUCUCGAUAAUGACGAUUACGAAGAAAUCUGCGAGGAUGUCCGUGAAGAAUGCUCCAAGUAUGGCAAGAUUCUUGACGUCAAGGUCCCCAGACCUACAGGUGGUAGCAGGCAAUCUGCCGGUGUGGGUAAGAUCUUUGUUAAAUACGAACACACCGAGGAUACAACAAAGGCUCUGCAGGCUCUUGCAGGUCGCAAGUUCGCCGACCGAACUGUUGUGACGACAUAUUUCCCAGAGGAGAACUUUGAUGUUGGCGCGUGGUAG